AUGGGUGCACAGCUGGACAUUAUGGUGAGAUAUGUUACCCGAAACUGCAGUAAAACAUGUAAUGGUCAUAUCUGUGAGCAGAACUCAGGAAGAUGCAACUAUGGGUGUCAGAAAGGUAGACAUGGGAACUUCUGCGACCGGAACUGUAGUUUAAAUUGUAGAGAAUCAAAUGACAGACAGUGUAUUCAGGUUGAUGGUUCCUGUAAUUUAGGCUGUCUGAAAGGCUGGUAUGGAUCCCACUGCACCAAAACCUGCUCAGAUGGAUGUUAUGAAGGAGACUGUGACCAGAGCUCAGGGCUGUGUGUGCAAGGUUGUGAGAAGGGCUUCAUGGGUGGCACAUGUGACACAGCAUGUCCGUAUGGUCGCUAUGGUUACAACUGCAGUGGGACAUGUGGUUAUUGUAGAGGCAAUGCAUCCUGUGACAGUAUCCAUGGCAACUGUUCUAUGGGAUGUGCAGAUGGUUAUGGAGGCAGCUUCUGCUCUGAUAGAAUGAUAAUCGCUCCAUCACCUGGUCCAAAAAGUGCUGGACCAGAUGCCCUGACCAUCAUCCUGGCCGUUGUGGCCAUCUUGCUGAUAGCAGUCCUCCUCGUUAUAGCUUUCUUAGUCUACAAAAGACGUGUUGUCCAGUCCAAGAACAAAAGGAAAUCUGACUACCAGCAGUUGCCAUUGUCUCCCAAUAUUGUUGCCAAUCCAUCAUACUGUCACUCUCCAGGAGCUCCCAGCAAGGCUCUGCGUGCUACAUUCAAGAAGAAUGGAGUUGCAGGCAGCCAGAAUGGCCAUGUGGCAGUGGCAGAUGUUCAUGUGGAUGAAGAUGACACAGAGAACCCAUACUACAACCUUGUCUCAAAGAACUCUGCUACCAUGGUGAAGGCAAGUGAUCUGUGGAGCCACAUUCAACAGCUGAAAAUGGAAGGAGGGUAUCAGGAACAGUACGAUAAACUACCAACUGGGCUGCUCCUUCCUUGUGACGUUGCAAUGUCUCCAGAACACAGGAGCAAAAACAGAUACAAGAACAUCUGUGCAUUCGACAGAACAAGAGUGAUCCUAGACCCAGAUAAUGAUGACCCCUAUUCGGACUACAUCAAUGCCAGCUAUGUUGGGGGAUACAAGAAACCUAAACAGUUUGUGGCCUCACAAGGACCCGUUGAUGCCAUCGUUAACGACUUCUGGAGGAUGAUCUGGCAACUGAAUACCAGCAAAAUUGUCAUGUUAACAAACAUCGUCGAGGAGGGAAGAAUGAAGUGUGUGAUGUACUGGCCGGAAUACAGUGCAGGUCCAGUGCAGUACGGCAACAUGGUGAUUGAGUGCACCACAGAGGAAGUGCUUGCCCAUUACACCAUCAGGACACUCAAGAUCUGCAAGGUCAAACCGAGCAAAAACAAGUCUUCCAGUGUCCGGAUAGUGAAACACUUCCACUUCACCUCAUGGCCUGACAAGGGGGUACCAACAGAUGUGGCUUCUCUAGUGGAGUUCUACUUCAAAGUCAAGAAUACCCCAACACACGGACAGGGGCCCAUGGUUGUGCAUUGCAGUGCUGGUAUUGGUAGAACAGGAACGUUCCUGGCACUGUCCUACCUGUUUGAAGAGGCCAAGUCAUCCAACACAGUAGAUCCCUACAGCUGUGUCAAGAGGAUGAGGCACGAGAGAGUCAACAUGGUGCAGACACUGGAACAAUACGAGUUCCUCCACAAUGCGCUCAUUGAGGCCCUGAUGGCUGGGGGAACAACUGUCUCUACAUCAGACUUUAAAACCAGCUAUGACAACCUCCUACAGGACAACCCAGAAACAGGAGUCUCCAGGCUCAGAGAACAGUUUGAGACUCUCAAUCUGAUGAGCCCUCCCUACAGACUGGAGGAGUACCAAACAGCCAUGCUGCCAGAAAAUGCUAGCAAGAACAGGUUCCAAGAGAUCGUUGCAUCGGACUACUAUCGGCCAUUCCUGUCAACACCCAUCCAUGGAAGGACGGAUUACAUCAAUGCAGUGUUCUUACCAGCCUACAAACAGAAGCGGGCCUUCCUGCUGACCCAGAUGCCAAUGAAGGAUACUGUGAUUGACUUCUGGAGGUUGAUGUUUGAGACUUACUCCCAGACUAUUGUCAUGCUCAAUGAUGAUAACGAAGAUCAGUCGACUGUCGGCUUCUACUGGCCCCAGAAGAACCAAAGGAAGCAGGUGUAUGGGCCGUACUUGGUGGAGGUGGAUGAGGAUGAGGAAUAUGAAUGUUACAGAGUCAUCACCUUGAAAGUCAACAAGAGUAACAGAGAUGGAGAGAAUGGUACCCCACGUGUGAUCAAGCUGUUCAAGUGCAACUUCUGGAGGCAUGAACAGGUUAUUCCAUACUCUGACUUCCCCAUGUUUGCUGUCAUUGAAGCUGUGGUGCUGUGGCAGCAGAAGACAGAGCAUGAACAAGUCACAGUACACUGCAUGGAUGGUGUUACAAGGUCUGGGCUGUUCUGUGUGCUGUCAGCCAUCUUGGAGAGACUGAAGAUUGAGCAGGAUGUCAGUAUCCUGCAGACCAUUAACCAGAUGAGAGUGUGUCGACCACAACUCGUCCAAGACUACAACCAGUUCAAGUUCUGCUAUGAUGCAGUACGAGAUUACCUGGAGAAUUUCUCAACUUACUCCAACUUUACCUGAAGGCUUUACCAGAAGCAUCAAUGAUGAUUUCUAUGACUGGUGCCAUGAUGACUGUACACUUCAUGGUGUAUGUUGUCUGCAUUUGUGUAAUACUGUUUAACCAGGAUUUGUGCCAAUUGUUUUGUUACUAUGUACUGUUUUUGUUUAUCAUUUUGUUAAUGUACUAGUAGUUGAUAUUGUGCCAUAGUAAUGUAUUUCUUUCCAUUAAUGUCUUCGAAAUAAUUAUUUACCUGAUGUAUAUGUAUACUUAUAAACAAAGUUAUUGUCGAUUCUACAAGGCAAGAGUACAUUUUCUUGCUGUCAUGUUAAUACUUUAUAGUGAAAUUUUGUAGAUCUCACAUUUCACUUGUUAUUGUCAUCACAGGUUGUUUUGUUCUUGUUGACAUAGUUACUAGUGUGGUUUGUACAACUUAUUGAAAUUACUAGGACAAGGGUUUUACAAAUUUUGCCAUGUUAGUGUAUAUAUGGUGGUUUCUGAAGACAUGUUUAAUGAUGCAAAAAAGGUUGUGUUGUAACAGUUAAAGGACAAGGUGGGAUAAGAUAUCAAUAAUUUAAGUUGUCAGGAAAACCUUUACAAAUUAUGAAAGCUUCUUUUAAUCUAAUGUGUUCAUAUGAAUGAAAAAUAGUCCAUGUUCAUUUGGACAGUUGCCUCUUUGGAACUAAUAGUACCACUGCUGGCAUAGUUUGAACCCAAAUGUGUUUUUACCGCUGAUUUUAGGGCUUUUGGGAGGUUUUCUUCUGAUAUCUGACACGAGCAAGUCUUUGAUACAAGCUGAAUUCUACACGAAUGAACAUUAAAAUAUUAUGAACAUAUGAUAUAAAAAAUCAUCUUGUGUCACUAUACUUACAAUUUCUUUUGAAGUAAAAACAGUUGUCCUUUUCACUCACUUUAUCCAUACUUAUAUAUUGUUGAGUCAAAAGUCCAAAACUUGUGAUUGUAAGGACAAGAGACAAUCUCUCAGCUAGAUAACAUGUCUGAUUAUUUUCUAUUUUCAUACCAGUAUCUCAAAGUGUUCCUCGUCAAAAUUUUAUGUUUCUAGUGGACUAAAUAGGCCCCUCACCCCUACCUUUGUGCUAAAAAUCUUUUAUUGUGCUGCCUUGCGUAAGGUUUUAAGAUUAGUCAAAGUAUAGACUUGGAUUAAGGCAAUGAGGAAGUGUGAAAUAGAUAUCAAGUAAGUUACACAUACCUAGAUGUUUCUGCUGUGUGGGGCUCAUCAUCUUAAGAUCCACCCCUCAGGAUACUGAAAUAAUUCCACUACAUCAUCAUAAUGACUGGUUAGUGACAAUGCAGUAAGUGUAUUGGCAUAGGACCAACAUAAGGCGAAUGUUUUUCAUCUUGUUUUGAAUCAUUUCCAGUUCAUUGUUACAAAGACUAGUCACCCAUAUUCUUACAGUUAGCUCCGGGUAGUAACAUUGCAUACAAAUAUUUUCAGUGAAGAAUCACUGGCCUUGGACCAAACUUACUAAAUAUUUUUUUAAACCUUACCCAGUUUCAAUGUUUGAUAUGUGCCAUGUAGACCAAGAAGAGAAUUUAUUAUUGAAGAAAAUUUUAUUCCUACACACUGUGCCUUUUCAGGUAGUCCUGGGUACUUUCACAUUACUGUUUCUGUUUUGUUUACAUGUGAUCUAGUUUGGAAGACUUACACACGUAUGUAUACACAGUAAUAGACAGUGAUACAAGUAUGACAAUCAUGUAAACAAGGACUAAUUCAGCAUUUGUUAUUUAUGUACUCUGGCCUGGCAAAUUGAUUUGAAUAUGUUUUCAAACGUUUCAUGAUACACAUUAUUUAUCUUUCUAUCUAUCAUUUUAGCUCAGUAUUUUGUGAAUAAUUUUAGGCCAUGAAGUUCAGUGUAUUUUUAUUAUGUUGAUUUGGAAAACUAGUACCCAGUUAUCUUCUCAUCAGUAAGAUCAAGUCCUAACUGCAGUUUACAAAACACUGUAUGAUUUUAGUCAGUUGUGACUGGUACUCUGUUGUUUAAAGAAUUACUAGACACUUCCAGCAACAAUAUGUUGAGUUCUAUUUUACACCAGGGCUCAUGAAUCAGCCAAUGACUAUAUCGUGAAAACAUCAUUCCCUUUCUUCUGGACAGUUCCUUGUUGGGAUGUUUAUUUGUAUCUAUCAAGAAAUGUGUUAAUCAAGGUGCAGCCUCUGGGAACGGUAUGAUGUUGUUUAGCAAUGUUCAACUGUAUAACAAUGAGUACAUAGUUAUUGACAGGUCAGGUUGACAUUCAGUGAAGCAUGAGUACCUUGGAUGUGGAGGAAUACGAUGUUUACAAAUAUAAAGGCUUUGAUAGUUUGUUUGUUUUUCUAUGUACGGUAAACAAUGAUACACAAAGGUCUAUUUUCUAUCUUUUGAUGAAAUUAGUGUGUUGGAAUUUGAAGUCAAUGUGUUCAUAAUAAUCAUGAAAGCAUAAUAGAUCCUUUAUAUUCAAGGGGCUUUUUUUCAUCUCUACAGAAAUAUUAUUGUAUAGUAUAUCAUGGAGACAGUGUGUAAUAUAAUGUCACAGGAGAUGAUGUGGUUUUGAAGCUGAUUAAGAACAUUAUUGUAAAUAGCUGCGGUUAGCCAUGAACUAAUCCACUCAUAGCUUGUGUAUGUCUGUUUUAUUACUUGCUACAUAAUGUUUGAUGGAGCUAACAAAUAUUAUGUGGCAGAAUCAUGCCAUAAUUUGUAGUUGAUAUUUUCUGCCAGUUCCCCAGAAAAAUAACCUGAAGUCAACUUGUGCCAAGCUGUAGUACAAUCUGAAUUUUAUUUUGUUUUUGAUUUUUGGACCACAUCAUUUUCACCUUCAUCAUAAUU